CUGCUCCGACGUUUGCAGGUUGCCCGCGCCCGCCCCAGCAGUGACCAGGGAGCGGCCGAGCUCAGUGAUCUCAGUGCCUGGCUCACCGAACGGGGUGGGCGGACGGCUCGGGACCAUGGCCAGAGCCGGCAUGGAGCGGUGGCGCGACCGGCUGGCACUGGUGACGGGAGCCUCGGGGGGCAUAGGCGCGGCCGUGGCCCGGGCAUUAGUCCAGCAGGGACUGAAGGUGGUGGGUUGUGCCCGCACCGUUGGCAACAUCGAGGAGCUGGCUGCCGAAUGUAAGAGUGCAGGCUACCCCGGGACUUUGAUCCCCUACAGAUGUGACCUGUCAAAUGAGGAGGACAUCCUCUCCAUGUUCUCGGCUGUGCGCUCUCAGCACCAUGGUGUGGAUAUCUGCAUCAACAAUGCGGGCAUGGCCCGGCCCGACACCCUGCUCUCGGGCAGCACCAGCGGAUGGAAGGACAUGUUUAAUGUGAAUGUCCUGGCCCUCAGCAUCUGCACUCGGGAAGCUUAUCAGUCCAUGAAGGAGCGGAAUGUGGACGACGGGCAUAUUAUUAACAUCAACAGCAUGUGUGGCCACCGAGUCCCACCCCAGUCUGUCAUCCAUUUCUAUAGUGCGACCAAGUAUGCCGUCACUGCAUUGACAGAGGGACUAAGGCAAGAGCUUCUGGAGGCCCAGACCCAUAUCCGGGCCACGUGUAUCUCUCCAGGCUUGGUGGAAACACGGUUUGCCUUCAGACUCCAUGACAAGGACCCCGAGAGAGCAGCUGCCACCUAUGAAGACAUAAAGUGUCUCAAACCGGAGGAUGUGGCUGAGGCUGUCCUCUACGUCCUCAGCACCCCCCCACAUGUUCAGGUUGGAGACAUCCAGAUGAGGCCCACAGAGCAGGUGACCUAGUAUUCUGUGGGGAGCUCCUGACUUCCCCACCCUUCACGGCUUGCCUCCUGCCUCUGGAUUUUAGGUGUUGAUUUCUGGACCCUGGAUCUUACUUUCUGUAUCCACUCCACUAGGGAUAGGAAAUUUGUCAAAUUAUUCUGCUUAUACUUGUGAACAAAUGGGCUGGGGAGAGAAGGCACGGUCGUGACCAUUUUAUCUGUUGACCUGUUUUGAGUCCCCUGUUGGGCUCCUUAACCUUCUCUCCUCAGCCUCUUCCUUUUGACCUGGGCAAGGGAAUGUGGCCAAAAGGGGCACUGUCUAUCUUCUACCCUCUGUCCCUUAAGGUUGGGUGGCAGAGACAGGCCUCAUCCUUUACCUGUGUAGGCUCCCUUCCCCAUUCCCCCACCUCUCCAGCCCAACUUUAGCUCUUGUCCUGGGGUCAUCACUGCACUUUGACCAUGGCCACAGAAUACUAGGCCUGUCUCCCAGCUUACUGUAACAAUUAAAGAGAAAGAUCACAACCUA